AUGGAGGGACCCCGGGAGUGUCUCAGUGGGAAGGCCCGGCUCCGCUUCACCCCCGCGGCGCGGACCAGCUUCUUGCUGCUCCGGCUGAACGACGCGGCGCUGCGGGCGCUGCACGAGUGUCAGCGACAACAGGUGCGGCCAGUGAUCGCUUUCCAAGGCCACCGAGGGUAUCUGAGGCUGCCGGGCCCUGGCUGGUCCUGCCUCUUCUCCUUCGUAGUAUCCCAGUGUGGCCAAGAGGGCACUGGCAGUGGCUUGGACCUUGUGUACCAACGAUUAGGCAGAUCUGGACCUAAUAGUCUUCACUGCCUGGGCUCGCUCAAAGAGCGUCUCACCAUUUGGGCAGGCAUGGAUUCUAUCUCAGCCCCACCAUCAUCUCAAGGACACAACCUGCCCGGAGAUGCCCAAGAUCUUGAGAGUUGGCAGAACGCUGACUAUUCUGAAGGCGAUGUAAUGUUACAGCCCCAGAUGGCACAAGAAGAGGUGUCUGACCCAGUGGCAAGCAACCCUGAACAGCCACUCCCAGGAUCCUCCAGUGAGCACAUGGCACCGUGGGAAGUGAGGAACCAGCCCCGUCUUUCAGACAGAGAGCCUGACCAGCUACUGCCCUCUCCUGCCCAGCAUAAACGCCCAGACAAGAAACGUCCAGCAUAUGUGGCCAGUAAAGAACUAGAAGAGAAGAGGCUCAGAUCUGUGCCUCUGUCUCCAAGUCCCCUACAUGGGCUGUCGACUCGGGACUUUCAAGACAGAGAAGAUUGGGAACAAGAAGAUAAAGAUGAAGACACAGACUCCAGGCUAGAGCACAGUCUCUCAAUUCAAGUGGCCUCUGACCCAAUCCCUGAAGAGGUGCCAGACUACCUCCUGCGAUACAGGACCAUCCACAGUGCAGAGCAGCAAGAGGCCUACCAGCAGGACUUUGAGACAGACUAUGCUGAGUACCGCAUCCUCCAUGCACGGGUUGAAGCUGCAAGCCAAAGGUUCACAGAGCUGGGGGCAGAAAUCAAGAGAGCUCCCCGAGGAACUCCAGAACACAAGGCACUGGAAGAUAAGAUAGUCCAGGAGUAUAAGAAGUUCCAAAAGCGGUGCCCAGGUUACAGGGAAGAGAAACAUCGCUGUGAGUACCUGCACCAGAAAUUGUCCCACAUUAAAGGUCUCAUCCUGGAGUUUGAGGAAAAGAACAGGGGCAGCUGAAGCUCUGAAGAGGGCUCUUAUCCCCCUGCCCAGUGAUACGCAUAGAGCAGCUAGAAGAGCUCAGCUGCUUUUCUGAUUUUGACCAUGAGUUUAUGGUAGAUAAGUAGAGAGCUGCUCUAAGUUCUUGUGUUUUAAUUUUUAUUGUUGCCGUAUUUUUUAGAGUGUGGGCACUGUGCCAAGAAUCCUCAGCCACACCCAAAUUAGGGAAACUAGCAAAGGCGCCGCUUCAACUUUACUUCAACCAAAUCAUUUUCAAAUCUUGAGAAAUAGCAUUAUCUAUCUUGAGGAAAUUAGACAGGUGAAUUUAGUGUAGCAGUCUUGCAAAAGAAACAGAACUUCAGGGCUGGAGAGAUGGCUUAGCAGUUAAUAAGCGCUUGCCUGUGAAACUUAAGAAUCCUGGUUCAAGGCUCGAUUUCCCAGGACCCACGUUAGCCAGAUGCAC